CUAAAAUUGAAAGCAUACAUGUGUGGUGCUGAGUUGACCCGACUCACCUACAUCCGACUCCUCUGCACAGAAUUGAACCCUUUCGAUGGAGAGCUGAAUGACAGGUCUGAUUUUUCAUCUUCUACAUUUACAAACGCUGCUAAGUAGUACUACACAAAUCCAAUACAUUUUCGAAAAAUGCUGAGACGAAGGUUAGCUUCGCUUAUACCCACCUUCAUCCGUACUGCCCACAAUCACUACCCUAAACCCACCUCUCAUCUCGCACCCCUACAGUUUGUGUCGCUGCAUUUUCAGCAUUGCCAGAGUCAUGUUUCCAUCUCCAGCUGUCAUCCUGGUGGCGUGAGGGCUUACAGCAGCCUAUUGGCGUUGAACGAUUUGAGGGACAAUCCAGGGGCUCGAAAGCAGAAAACUCGCAAGGGGCGGGGAAUCGGGUCGGGUAAGGGAAAGACUGCGGGCCGUGGGCACAAGGGUCAAAAAGCCCGUGGCACUAUGAAAUUUGGGUUCGAAGGUGGCCAGACGCCACUUCGUCGACGCCUCCCCAAAAGGGGCUUUAAGAAUCCCUUCACGCUCACGUUUCAGGAAAAGUUUUCAUUGAUGCCACUGAAAUUAUUAUCCUUCACAUUGCCGUCACUUUUGCAGCCUGUUGGCUUAGGGAAAAUUGCAAAACUGAUAAAUGCUGGGAAGAUAGAUUCUUCAGAGUUGAUCACAAUGAAAACUCUCAAGGAUUCAGGAGCAAUAGGGAAGCAAAUCGAAGAUGGAGUUCGACUGAUGGCACGUGGGGCCGAACACAUUAAAUGGCCUAUCCACCUCGAGGUUUCUAGGGUGACCGUGAGGGCAAAAGCGGCAGUUGAGGCGGCUGGUGGGUCCGUGAGGAAAGUGUACUACAACAAACUAGGGUUACGGGCCCUGCUGAAGCCCGAAUGGUUUGAGAAGAAGGGUAGGUUACUCCCAAAAGCAGCAAGGCCACCGCCCAAACAGAAAGAUAAGGUCGAUAGCAUUGGCCGCCUGCCUGCCCCGACAAAACCGAUACCUUUUACCAAUGAUGAAGAAGAAGAGGCAAUGCCUGCUUCAACUGCAUGAGGGCAUGGGACAUCAAAAUGCCACAUAAAGUCUUUUUUAUUUUCCUUUGUGUUUUUUAAGUUGUGUUCUCUGGUUAAUGGUUAUCCUCUUGAAAUUGUGUAAAAAGAGGAAAAUUGGGCACAGUAUUAUUGCGCCUGUUGGAUGUUGAAAGGCUUGUUUAGCCGUUUGUAUUGCGUGGGACGAUAAUUAUACAUUGUUUGAAGGAGUCCAAGGGUUUACUACUGUUUUGGUGAUUCCUCUGACAUUCGAGAAGGAAAUAAGCCCAAAAGGACCUAUAGCUAAAGAAUAAUGUUGAUAAAUUUAUACUUGUUAAAAAAUAAAAAAUGCC